UAUAAAACGCUAUUUUGCAAAUAGUAUUACAGGUAAGUAUAUAUAUUUUAUCUUUUAGAUUUAAUAAAGAACAAAUUUCUAGAUUACGGUUUGUGAUAUAAGCCGUUGGAAAGUUUCUUUUGAAGCCAGUUUUUCGUUAAUUUAACUCUGGAUCAGCCUAAUCGUCUUUCGAACAACCAGUCCAUAUGGUGAUAUCGUAUGAUAUGAUUCUCUUUUAAACCUUUAUAAUGAGCUCGAGCAAUCAGCUAAACGUAAACCGAAUCAUGAAAUUGAUUGAAAUUGUAACGGUAGUUUUCUUUUAAGUUUGCAUGGGUCAAACCGUAACGCGAAAAUACGAUGCAUGCGUUCUAUAAAUAUCCUACAAAGUCAAAGAGUUUUAGUGUAGAGUAUUCUUUCUUUGAAAAGUACGUUUGAACUGACGUAAAUGCACUAAAGUGAAGCUUCCUUCGUUUCAUCUACUUCAUAUAUCGAUCUAUAUAUACUUCACGCAAUUUUAUCCCGAGUAUAAAUAUGGAUUCUGACGAUUGCACGAGCACGACUGCUUUAAGGUACGAAUAUUUCUAACCAAAUAAUUUUAUAUAAUAUAAAAUAUAUAUAUAUAUACGGAUAUAAUAGCGUUUUACUGCACAGCUUCACUGCAACAUUGAAAAUACUUUUACUUCCUACAAAAAGUCCGAAAAAGUCUGGCAAAAUUCCAAUCAGUGAAAGUCCAAAACUCUGCAUGUCAUUGAACGCAACCAUAAGGAAAAAAUUCAAGUUAAAAUUAACCAAUAAUUUAUUCUACUCGAUAAAAAGCUCUUCAAUCCGUCAGUUAGGUGUAGGAUAUUGGUCGAACUGACGUAUUUUACCCAAUUGUAAACCAAUAGUUUACUGACGAAAAUAUAUGAAAAUACAUGGGAUAGAAGUUUGCAACGGUCAAACCGGAACGCGAAAAUACGAUCCGUUGUAUGAACAUCCUACAAAGUCAACGAAUUUUGGUGUAUCACUAUUAUUUCUUUGAAAAGUAAGUUUGAAUUACGCAAAAUCACUAAACGGAAGGCUUCAAAGAAGGAUUCGUUUUAUAUCUACUUCAUAUAUCGAUCUAUCUUCUAUCUGAUGCAAUUUUAUCCCGAGUAUAAAUUUGGGUAAUUGUGCUCUGCAUGGUACAAGUAUUUCUAACCAAAUAUUUUUUAUCCGAUCCCUGAGAAAAAUCGGGUAUAGUUGCUGAUAAAAGCGGAAUUACUGCAUAGUUUCAUCAGGACAUUGAAAACAAUCAGAAAAUAGUGUUUCAUUUCCUACAAAAAGUCCGAAAAAUUCUGGUAAAAUUCCAAAAGUGUCCAACCACAAAAGUGACCCACAGACUUUAAUCAAUGAAAGUCCAACAGUCUGGUAUACUAUCUAAGAGUGAUUUGGGCUCACGCACUAUAAGGGAAAAAAAUCCAAGUUUACCAAUCCGUCAGUCAGGCACUCGUGCAGGUACCGUAUGUUGGUCGAACUGACUUAUUUUAGGGGAAUUAAAGUAAAAUAUAUGGGAAAUAUGACAUUUGAAAAUAUUUUAGAAUGAUGUAAACAUUUUAAACAUUCAUGGUUUUUAAGUACUAGAUAAAACAUGAGCAGCCAUUCUUCAUCUGAUAUAAAAACUCGAGCCGAAGCCGAGAGUUUGUAUAUCAGAUAAAGAUCGGAUGCGAAUGUUUGUUUUUAUUUUUUUUUAUUUUAGCUUUGCCAACUAGGGCAAGGCCACCACAACAGCAUGGGUCAAUUAGUGUGAGCCCUUUUACCUAACCCACUCUAGCUGUCAACUUUUCGUGUGGGAGGAAACCGGAGUACCCGAGGAAAACCCACGACUUUCGGCAGAGCGUUGACUUUUACUCUUUUCACAUGAGGACUGGGUCCGAGUCGCAUUGAGAAAGUUCUCACUGAGGCUUGAACCUGCGGCCUCAGAGGUGAAAGGCAAGUGCGCUGACCACAAAGUAAUUAGUUAAAAAAAGACAUAGUCUACGUUAGCCGAGAAAAUCAAAGCUGAAAUUUAUGUAAAUCAGGACAAAUCUUUAUGCCAUUUACAAACAUUGAUUAAACAUUCAUUUCUUUUGAAUUUUCUUCAUGAAUAGUUAUUAAUGCGUUUUAUAAUACUAGUUUACUGACGAAAAGGUAAUCACAUUGGAAAUAUAAAUGGCCAAAGGGCAAACCACUUUGAGGGUCCUGAUGAAAGGCCAAAUGCAUGGUACCAGGAAAAGGAAUCCUUUGUACCAGGAUUUGCUCUACUUUUGGACAGACACAAAAAUGGGAAUCUCGCUCGAAACGUCGAAUUUCUGCUUGUUUAUUUCAGGUAGUAAUAUAACCACUCAGCACAGAAAUUUUACGUUGGUACUACCCAUACUGCAUGGUACAGACAGUUUUAGUAUAACACCCAUAUACCAUUAAAAAGAUUGCGGAGUUAACAAUAACUUUAAGAGAGGCUAUACGGACGAACUUUUUUCAGGAUAUGCUUGUUACUCCCCAAAGUGGUGUCACACCAUCGAAAUGAACAUAACUGGAACGCUAUAUAUAACCUGCAGAUAAACUGCCUGUCUUUUUCUUGAAGCCAAAUCUUACUUCCAGACACGCGUGUCUGGAGGUAAGAUCACUCGUGUUUAUAUCAUGAUUGACUGAUUAAACGCUCUUCACAAGCGUGAAAAGACUGGGACUAGCCUUCAAGUUUGGCUUCGAAUUUCCGGUUGGAGCUGGGGGAGGUCCAUCCCAUUGUCCAUCCUCGUUCCCAGGGCCUCUCGGCCGCACGCGUCCGAAAAUGGCUCUGGGGACGAGAAUGGGGGAGGUCGCGUUCCAGAUACAUUCAUUUCAAUGGGUCAAUCUAAUUUUUUAGCUUGACAAUAAUGCAGCGAUGCACAUGAGCCCAAAACUCGUCUUUUGUCGUUAUUAUAAUCGUUAUAAAUUGAAACGUUUUGAAUCAAACAACGGUUUUUAGUCCCAAUGUCCUUAAAAGUCGAGAGGUUAUUAUUUGAAAUGUUAAAAACUUCACUAGUUUUCAUGCAGUAUAAUCCUUUAAACUUCUACAUUUUCUUUAUAGAAUUUGUAAAAUUCUUGAAAUUUGUAAAAACGAAAAUGACAUUGAGACCUAUAACGUGUUUCACUUUACUCAUCUUGGUGAUAUUUUGUGCAAGUGAAACGGAGUAAGUUGGCUAAUAGACAUUUAUAGACCAUACGAUUGACGCCAGUUUACGGCAGACCGUUAACUGCAAAUUAACGGAAAACUAGUCAAAUAGUGUUUUGAGGCCAACUGUUAGCUGUUCGUAGUUGGGGCAAUUUGUGCUUUAAAACUAAAGCAUGGAUUAGCCAAUUCGCUGUGGAAAACGUGUAGAACUUACCUUCAAAAUUGUUCAAAUACGAUUUGAAUUAGUUGCUGUUUGCGGUUAGCGAUCUAGCUAACGUAUAAACGCGUCAAUCUAAAUUAAGGUCUAGUUCUAUAAUGAUAUUAAUUCACUGAUAUCUGAGCAGUCCAUGCCAUAUGUAUCAACACGUCCGACAUGCAUAAUUAAAAUAGUGGCAGAUUGCUGUAAUGGACUCUAUGUUACAGAUACAGAUACAGAUAUUUCACAGCACACUCCCUAUCAGGGCUUUUCAGUGACUGGUUACAUUAUGAAUAGAUAUAGAUAGAACCGGACUGACGUGAAGCAGAGCGAGGUAAACUUUGAGCUUACAAAUGGCGCUUGAGCAGCUAGCCGCUAUUAGUCCAUACCUCAUUAAUGUGAUGCCUCAGACCUAUGUGCCUAACCCACCCUGUCAACUUUCCCUGUGGGAGGAAACACGGAGUACCCGGAGAAAACCCACGACUUUCAGCAAAGCGUUGACUUUACUCUUUUCACAUGAGGACUGGGUUCGAGUCACAUUGAGAAGUUCUCACUGAGAUUUGAACCUGCAGCCUUAGAGGUGAAAGGCAAGUGCGCUAGCCACUAUGUCAGUCGAGAGCGGGUUGCAUACACCGGCGCUACACUAAUUUAAUCUAUUUUGAAAUACUAAUUGAGGGGCGGCCGAAUGUGAAUUUUUUGCAGGGGGAGCAGAUUUUCAAUUAAAGUGACUACAUGUCCAAUAUUCUUUAAACAACUUGCGGCGGGGUGGGGGCUGGGAGCCCCCAAUAUUAAUUCGAAAUUUGCGCUGCGCUCUCGUAUCAAGUGAGUGAAUUGCUAUGGUUUUUAAAAUGCAGACUGCUGUGGUGCAGGUGGCUGCACAAUGGGGAGCUGGGUAAAUUCUCCUCCAGGACGAAAACGAGAUGAGUAAGUUAGACAGGGGAGGAUUGAGAGCGAUAUACAACUACACACAUAAAAAUCUCACAACUUGUCCACAAGAUGUGUUCGCAGCAGACUUGUAGCAAGCUUGUCAACAAGUUGUAACAAGGCUGUUAUAUUUUAUUAAGUUGCUAUAAGGUUGUCACUCACAAUUUGUUGACAAAUUGGUGAAUUGUAGGAAAAUAACAAGUUGUUGGAAGAACUUGGAACAAGUCUGUUGAACUCAACAACCUUGCAGCAAGUUCUCAACCUUUAAUUUAAACUGAUUGAAUAUUAAGAAUUUUCAAACAUGAUACUUUUUUAUAUCUUGUUAUAGAUUCCUAAGAAGCUGUAAAAAUUCUGGGAAGUGCAGCUCAAAUGGAGAGUGUUGUGAUAGAGCGUGCAUAAGUGGGGGUUGUGUAACUCCUCCUCCCGGCCGAAAGCGAGUUGUGUAAGUUACUGUAUACCCUCCAUUCAAAAGCAUCGUAAUUGAAAAUAAUUGGACGUCUAUAUAAUAAUAAUAAUUACAUAUGGUAUCAAACCUAAAAUUCAACCAACCUCGCAAGCCACGGUCUUUACCUAGAUAAGACCCUGGGUACAAAUUAACAUGUUAACUACCAAAUACGCGCUAAUCAAUUUUUGGAUCCAAAAGGGGUAAGAAAAUAAUUUUAUCUAUUCCGUUUCCGCAACAUUACAGCUAGCCGUUACAAUGAGUUUUAUCGUAAAUAGUUAUAUAUAUAGCGUUUAUGAUAAUUUUCUAUAUUACCUGUUGUAAACAUAAUCAAUUCAGUUUGUAAACCGCUGUAAUUUAUGUAUAAUUAAUAAACUAUUUUAAAAUUUUAAGAAGCUGUGAAGAUCCUAGGACGUGCAGCUCAAAUUCUGAGUGUUGCUACAGAGAAUGCAUAGAUGGCACCUGUAUAACUCGCGGCCGAAAACGAGUUGUG